CGCAGUCGGACGCGUAAGGUGACGCACACGGUGGUACUCGGAGCGGUUCGGUUCUGUUCGGUCGGACACGGACACACGGGGAUGUGGCUGCUGUCGGUUCUGGUGCCGCUCGUAAGGCUGUAUCUGUGCGGAGUGAAAGUUCUUCUCUAUCAGAUGUUCAACAGAUCUUUGACGCUUCCAGUCUUACCCAAGCAAAAUGGAAGGGUUGCCAUUGUGACUGGGGGUACCAGAGGAAUGGGUUUUGAAACAGCGAGACACCUGGCAAGCCUGGGCAUGCAUGUUGUCAUAGCUGGGAACGAGAAAGAAGAGGGCACAGCGGCCGUCAAGAGGAUUCAUGAAGAAGGCGGCAAGGGAAAAGCUGAGUUUAUGUUCCUGGACCUGACCUCGCUGAAAUCUGUGCGACAGUUUGUUCAGACGUUCAAAGCCAGAGGUCUCCCCCUCCAUGUUCUGGUUAACAACGCUGGAACCAUGCUGGUCCCAGAGAGACAGACGCAGGACGGCUUUGAGUUCCACUUUGGGCUCAACUACCUCGGCCACUUCCUGCUGACCAACCUGCUGCUGGAUGUGCUGAAGAAGUCGGGGAAACAUGGAUGCUGCUCCAGAGUCGUCACAAUGUCUUCUGCUACACACUACGGAGGAGUUAUGGACAUGGACGACUUAAACAGCAAGAGAUGCUACAGUUCCCAUGGUGCCUACUCUCAAAGCAAACUGGCUCUGGUCCUCUUCACUUAUUACCUGCAGGAGCAGCUGACCGCCAGCGGCUUCCCAGUGACCGCCAACGCCGUGGACCCCGGCAUGGUGGACACAGCGCUGUACGACAACCUGUGGAGCCUCACGCAGACGCUAAAGAAACCAGUGGCCAAGCUGCUGUUCAGGACUCCAGCUGAAGGAGCAUCCAUGUCUAUCUACGCUGCAGCCGCCUCUGAGAUGGAGGGCGUGGGCGGCUGUUACCUAUACAACGGCAAGAAGAAGCAGUCCUCCGACAUCUCCUACGACUCUGAGCUCCAGGCCGAGCUGUGGAAGAAGAGCUGCCAGCUGGUGGGCCUUCAGGUGGCCUGACUCUCCCUGACAGGUCGACAUCCUCCAGCAUCAUCUGAGAGAUCUGGAACUGACUGAUAAGGCACCACCUCCCAAGCCACUAAGAAGAACGAAGCAACUAAAAGGACUCUUAGUGACAGCAGUUCUAUCAUCAGUGGCUCACGACGAGAAAUCCCAGAGACAAACGUCACUUCACCUUGUUCAUACUGUUCUUACACACACUCAUGGUUUGUUUCUGCCCCGUGUAUGAGCUCCUGUUAUGACAGUCACAUCUCUGCGUGUGCCAAAUAUACUUGUUGUGUUUAGAAUCCGACUUUAAUACGAUCAUCAUGCCAAGUUUUUUGUUAGAGCUGCUUUAUUAUGUUCAUCUAUUAAUGUCCACAGUGGAAUUUUAGAGAUGUUCAAGUUUCACUUGAAGCUUUGGUCAGAGCGUUCAAGGUUUUCUUUACAUCCUUAUUUUAGAACAAUUCUGAUUACAAUCUUUAUCAUAUUUGAUACAUAUUCUGAACUGAUUUCAGAAAGAAAAUUAUGUUGUUUCUCCUUGGUGCAGUGAGACAUUUUAUAAUAAUGUAUUUCUAUGGAUAAAAUAAGUAACUACAUGACUAAUAACCAAAUCAGAAAAGGCUGAAUAUGUUUGAGUUUCUUAAGUUCAGCUUCAAUAAUAUGAGCUUUGAUCAGAUGUUAGCAACUCAUUUUUGUGAUCACAAAUAAUGAUACAAAUAUUAAUCACAAGUAAUCUGACCAAAGUGGUGCCUAUUUAAACCUAUAAAUGACUCUGUAUUGUUUUUUUCCCCAUUAAUGUUUCCAUAUGUGGGAUAUAAUGUGAUGUGUGAGUAUAUAAAUUGUAUAGAAUCAGGAUUUUAUGCCAAAAGGAUUGAAAACUGUCUGAUCAGUGUUACACGUCAGAAUAACAGUGGCCUAACUCUGGAGCUGCAUCCAGUUCUGCAGUAGAUUUCCAUUUGAAUAUGUCUUAAUGAAUCUGUGAAAUACAGUGCAAUCAUUUGUCUUCUUUGUGUCUUGAAUGAUCGUCUUUGUGUGCUAAACAUUGGUUCGUAUCGUUGGACAUGCCUCUUGUCCAGGUGACAGGAAAGUUAUGAUUAGUUUAAGAUGCAGAUAUUCAAUCAGCAAAGGUCUAAACGAACGAGCCAAAAAGAGUUCCCAUUAUCUGUGCUAUUGAUCAUGUUGACUCACUUCCUGUUCCCAUCUUCUGGUCCGUUAUCGUUAUGUCACGCCUACACUGUAAAACGUGCUGUGUAUGUUUUCAUUUGCAACCUGUGUUCCAAUCAGAUGUAUUGAAUCUAUAUUGCACAAUGAUCACUGUGAAUGAUGCCUUUAUCCAGUAUUAAUUUAUAGUUCUAUGAAUCGUCUGUUUACAUUUAUUAAAUCCACACAUUUAUGGCAAGAAUAUGUUAAUUAUUAAUAAACAAAUUGCCUUUAAAAGUCUGAGACCCUUGGCGUUUUAUCACUUAUUUUUU